AAGAUUAAAACCCAAUGUCGUACGUUUGUUAAAUCAGAUUUCUCUACUUUGAAACAGAAGAUUGGAGCUUCAGUAAAAUUAAUGCUCGCGACAGUUUGAUCUCAACAAUCGAAAAAUGGAUGGUCUCUUGCAUUUAAUUUACAGUUUGAUGUGGGUUACAUUAGGAGGAUUCAAUGGAUGUUUGGCUUCAGAUUCGGUGCCAAAGCUUGACAUAUCAGUUACCCAUGAAAACAAGCCAGAGUUGCACCCUGGUGAGAGCUUCUGGUAUGCCUUUAACAUCACGCACAAUGCAGCAAGCAAUGGAGAAGCCAAAGAUGUUCUGGUCACGUGGUAUAUACCAGACUAUCUAAAUUUUCGACAGCUGUCGAACGGGAUCAAUGAUAUCAUGGUGAACAUAACUGGAGACGUCGUCCAUUUUAAGAAAAGCCUGAUACCAUUGGGAAGUGCCGUUACCGUGAAAUUUCAAGUAGCACUGAGCAACAGCUCUGAGAUUAGUCAAGACCAUCACUAUGCCGUUGUCUCCAUCAGUUCACUAUGGUAUUCUGCUAAUUCUGUUAGACACAACAACCCAUUAUCGUCUUACAGCCUAGAGUUUGUCGUUCCAGGUUGUUCAAAGGCACUGGGAAUGGAGAAUGGAGAAAUCAAGUCCCACCAGCUUCUUGCGUCAAGUUCUCUGCCUGCGUCACGACCAGAAAUGGCAAGGUUUAACCAGGAUGCAUGGUGUGCCCAACAGCAAGAUUCUAACCAGUUCAUCCAGGUAAUUUUCCAAAAGAAGGCAAGAAUCACAAAAAUUGUGACGAUGGGAAGAAGUAUGAAGCCGCAUUGGGUGAAAGAGUUCUCAAUCCAAUUUAGUGAUGAUAACUUGAACUGGAUUUCUUACAAAGAAAAUGGUUUUGAAAAGAUAUUCAAGGCAAACAGUGACCUGAGCUCGCCAGUAGGCCACUGGCUAAUGUAUCCCAUUGCAGCCAACUACAUCAGGAUUCACCCAAAAUCCUGGAACACUCAAAUAUGCAUGCGGUUUGAAUUGUAUGGUUGCCAGAUAAGCGGAACUGAUAAUUGCAUUAAUCCCAUCGGAAUGGAAUCAGGAACAAUACCAGAUGCUGCAUUAUCGCACAGUGUCACAGACUCUUCAUUGCCUACGAGUCCUUUGAAUGCGAGGCUAAACAAGAAAGUCAACGACUAUCCAUUUGGAUGGGCAACUUCUCUUGAUCCAACAAAGAAAGACUGGAUACAAAUCGAUCUCGGAAGCGUUCAUAAGAUCACCAGUACUGCAAUUCAAGGCUCAAGCAACGAACCCGAGUCGCUGUUUUACGUAAAAAGUUACGAAUUGCAGUUUAGCAAUAACAGUUUGGACUGGGUAACAGGAAGAAAGAGCAGUACAGAAAAGCUAUUCAGAGGACCCCAAUCUGGCGAAGCUGCUAAGUUUCCCACACCAGCAUUCUUCCCAACCCCGAGGUAUGCGCGGUAUGUUCGCCUGAUCCCAGAGGAAUCCUACAGCAUGAAUGUCCUAAGAAUGGAAAUCUACGGCUGUGCAUCGGAGAAGGUGCCAAAGAUUGAGACACCAACAGAGUUUAGCAGACGAAGCACUCUACUCGACAAAAAUGCAAACACUCUUUAUGUUUGCGUCUACAGGGAAAGCAAAGACGAAAGAAGUUGCCGACACACAGCGAAUGGAGUCACUUGGAAAGAUCUGAACAGCCAAGUGGCAAGUAUCAUUGGCUACGAUACGGUCUCUGCAACCCUUUAUGGCCUCGACCAUUUCAUGAGCUACAUGUUCUCGAGAGACUCUGGCAAGACUUGGGCCUUCAUUUCCACUCAGGAAUGGCAGCGACGUCAAACAGAAGCUAGCUUCGUCAAAUCAACGAAACUGGAUGAAAUUCUCGUUGGCACAUUGCCAAGUUUGAAUUGGACUUCAGUGACCGGUCAUUCUUGGGGAGUUUCAGGAAAAGGUAUUCACAUGAAGGCUCAAGGGGCCCAGUGGUCUUUGGUAUCAUCCUGGAAAUGCUGUGGCUUUUAAAAAAAAUUUAUUGAAAUAAUGAGUGUUUAGAUAACAAGAACAAACCAUUUGACGAGCAAAACGCUAGUCGUUUCGAUCUGUAGUUGAUUUCAUUUAAUAUAAACUCUUAUCAAGAUUAUUGACAGAAGUGAAGUAUCAUUUGACGAGAUAUUCACGCUAGUGCGCAUGUAACUAAUAAUGCAUAUUUGUGAAUUUAACUUCCCAUGUAACACAUUGCUCUAUACUUAGUUUAACGACUUGAACGUAGCCACCUCCUUGGAAGCAAAGUCGUCUUGGAAACAAGUUGUCUUCAAGCCUAGUUUCCCUUGCGCUGUAAAUUGGUGCUGUCAAUACAAAGACCAGUGUCUUAGAGCAGUGUAAACUUGAUCAAAUUGCUACACAAAUUAAGAUAUCUUACAGCUAGAUAUGUUAAAGCUAGAAAAAAUGUUUGACUUAAAAAUCACAAGUUGGGCAUUUCACAUGAGAAUAUCACCGCAUAAAGUUAUCUGCUAAGCUUAAAAUUAAGAGUGUUGAAA